AUGUUAAAAACAAUCUUAUUGUUGUCAAUUAGUUGCGCACUUGGAAUUUUUGUUGAUAAUUCCCGUGAAUUGUGCAAACAAUCUGGACUUUUAUGUAAAAAUCAUACGAAGUGUUGUUCGGGAGUCUGUUACAAAAUUGGCAACAUUGGAUGGUGGAGUAGUAUUCAAGUUCCUGAAACAACUACAACUAGUACAACUACUCCUAAAAGUGAAAUUUAUAGUUUUAAUAGUUAUAAUUAUAGAUGUGACUCGGUUAUUUAUAUGUAUAUGGUGAACAAACACUGCUGUUCCCGGAACUGUUACAGAAGCAAAAUUAUUACGAUACCUGGGAUGUGUGUAGUUUAA